CCCCACAUCCCCACGGUCUGCCAGCCAGACCGUGACAGAAUCUCCCCUUGCAUCUCCCGACCACGGUCAGGGGACCGACGGUGAGGAAUGAAAGAUGUCUCUAUAUGACAGUUUUUUAUGUGAAGAACAGUUCCAGUGCUCCAUAUGCCUUGAUGUAUUCACCAACCCUGCAUCCACACCAUGUGGACAUAGCUUCUGCAUGCAAUGCAUCACCAAAUACUGGAAUGGAGCUAAGGUUUUCAAGUGUCCUCUGUGUAAAAAGAGCUUUGAAAAGCGACCAGACCUCCAGAUUAACAGAACACUACGAGAGAUCACUGACCAGUAUAAAUCUAUGAAAAAUGGAGUAGUAAAGAAUAAGAGUGGAAGAAAGGGAACUGGAGGGCAUGGAAGCCCGUCAAGCCAUUUAUUUGAUGAACUGAAGAAAAAGCUGUGUCACCCUGUGCGAAAGACUCACCAGACCUUUUCUCGGAGCUUGGAAAGUGACUCAAUCUCAACGUCCUUUCCUCCAGUCAAGGACUCACGAGCAUCCUCAGUGCCAAACCACAGUUUCAGUGAUGCAUUGAAUGAAACCUAUGUGGCAGGUCCUAAGGUUUCCCACCGACCACAUACCCAGAGGAGGAGGUACACGCUGAGUGGGACUGAGAUGAGCCACAAUGUCCCUCUUUGUGAGAUCCACAACAGGCCAAUAUUGAUUUUCUGUAGGAGUGACCAGGUGUGCAUUUGUCCUGAAUGCGAGAUGGAGGAUCAUCCAGACCAUGACACAGUGACCGUUGAAACUGAAUGGAUGGAAACCAAGACACUGCUGACUGUGUCAGAGCGGACAAUCCAGGACAUGAUUAUCGAGAGAAUCAACAAGAUCGAAGAGAUAAAUAUGUCAGUGACAGAGCUGGAGCUGGCAGUGGACCGAGAGACGGCGGGCAGCGUUUCUCUAUUCUCGAGUUUGGUUUGUUUCAUUGAACGUUCCCAGGCAGAGCUGGUGGAGGCGAUGGAGAUCAGCCGGAAGGUGGCACAGCGCCAUGCUGAAUCCAUGACAAGGCAGCUGGAACAGGAGAUCGAACAACUAAAGAAGAGACAAAGCGAGCUUUCCAAGCUUGCCCAAUCAGAUGAUCAUUUAUACUGUGUGAAAACGUUCCCAAUUCUGUCCAGCCCUCCACCUACCAAAGACUGGUACAAAGUGUCGGUGAAUUCUGACCUGGGGACAGAGUCCAUUUACAUGUCUAUAUUAGCUCAGGUGGAGAAGUUUGCCAAAGAGCUGAAGAAUAUCACAGAAAAAGGUUUUCCUGCACAAACACUGGAUCCCAGUCCUUCUCGAUCACAGCCCAGGAUAAAGGGAAUACACGAAUAUGCACUGGAUGUAACUCUGGACUCCAGUACCGCCCAUCCAAGACUGGUGCUGUCAUCAGACCUGAAAAGUGUGAGGUGUGGAGAUCGACACCAACUGGUGCCAGACAACCCAGAGAGGUUUGAAAAAGUUGUCUGUGUUAUAGGGAGGGAGCCAAUCUCUUCUGGAAAACAUUAUUGGGAGGUGGACGUGACAGGGAAGACUGACUGGGACCUGGGUGUGGUCAAGUAUUCCGUCAGCAGGAAGGGGAAGAUUGAAUACACCCCAGACAAUGGAUUCUGGUUCCUCAGUUUAAGAGACAAGAAUAAGUUUGGCUUUCGUUCUCAACCCUACACAGAUGUCCCAGUGAACCUUGUACUUCAUAAGAUCGGGAUAUUUGUGGACUUUGAAAAUGGACAGGUGUCUUUCUACAAUGUUGAUGCUAAGAUGCACAUCUAUACUUUUAAUGACAUUUUCAAUGAGACCCUCUACCCUUUCUUCAGCCCCUGCACCAACAAGUCAGGAAGGAACGAUUUACCACUGAUCAUCACGCCAGUGAAGAUGACCGAGUGACACCUAAAAGUUGCAUAAUAUUGUAUUUCUUCCUCUCAGUUUUAUUUUCCUGCCUUUGCACUUAUGUGCUCUCCAUACAUAUAAGCUUAGUCAGUUUUUCCCCCAAUUGUGUAUAUAUCUAUAAAUAUUCCCUAUUGAUUUAAACCUCGCAGUUGUCAGACUGAAUAGUUUAUGCAUACAGGUUAAAUGUUUUUAUGUAUUUUGAAACUGAUAAUCUAUUAAACAAAUAUCUUACA